AUGCGAAGGAUACCCCUGUUUCUGCUACCGUUGCUGCUGUCACUGUCCGUGGUUGCAAAUGAAGAGGACAUCACCAUCAGCACAAAUAACGAUCCGUCUUCCUACGGCUACUACGAACAGAGACGGUUAGAUCCCAGCAGCACUGUGGAACGCCAUGGCAAUCUCGAUCUGGUGCACUAUCAUCCUCAUGCGGAAGCGAUAGAAGACAAAGAAACGUCAUUUCCUCUGUGUCAUUUGGCCACAUUUCUGGGAUUCUCCCGUGCUACCGGCAGCUGCGAUUUCAAGCAAGCCUCCAAAAUCUACAAGGAACUCGUCGCCACGGAAAUGGCCAUUCAUCACUUUAACAAUGGACUCGGAACGGUCGUGCCAGAGAUACAAGACAUUCAAGAACGCUGUCCACUCAAACUCAGUGCCACAUUCCUCGAUUCUCAAUACACACCUCCGGUGAUUGUCAAGGAAUUGACGCGGUUGUUGACUCCUUCUUCUUCCUCUUCUACUACUAGUAUCAAUGAUCAAGAUGAUACCAACAACAACAACACGACCAUCCACAACAACAACGACAACAACAUUCCUCCGUGUGCCGUCAUUGGAGCCCGCACCAGCAGCAGCACGGGUCCAUCGUCCAUUGUCUCGGGAGCCUACGGAUUGCCACAAAUGAGCUUUACCGCCACAUCUCCCGAACUCAACGAUGCAUUCAAGUAUCCCUUGUUCGGUCGGGUUGUUCCUGCCGAUGAUGCCGCCGCCAAAGGGGCCAUGCGCUUUCUCAAACAAGUCGUCCAAACGACACAUGUCAAUGUCUUGUACAUUAACGACGCCUUUGGCAAUCACUAUCAUCAAGCCUUUCAAAAAGAGGCAGAAGUGUACGGCACCACCGCCAUUGGAUUCCCCAUUGCCUUUCCACCCGAUCCAAAAGACAUUCAGCAACAACUAUCAAAAGUCAAACAGAAUGGUGUUCGACAUGUUCUCAUGGUAUUCUUUAGCGAUCAUCUCGAUCCCGUCAUGCGACAAGCCGUCGAACUGGGCAUUGCGGGACAAGAUGCGGAUGGAUACUUUUGGAUGCUCGGCAUUAGUACCAGUUACUUUGGCAAUCUGCACUUGAACAUGACGGAUGAAAGCGAUGCCGCACUCGCACACGCCAUUCAAGGCAUGGCCGUCCUGCCCGAAUUUGGGGCCAAACCCAAUUCACCGGGAUACGAUCGAUUCGCCCAAGCGUGGCAGGACAAUACCGCGGAUGCUACGGUUCAUUUCAACCAAAAAAUGCCCACCAUUCGUGGGGUCGACAAUUGUUUCGAAGCGGGACCCUGGUUCUUUCAAGACAACGAUCCAGGUUCCACGGCGCAUUUUGCCUAUGAUACUGUCAUUAGUAUGGGGCUGGGAGCUUGUGCGGCCAUGAUGCAGAAGCAACAGUCAGAACAAGUCACGUCAUUGGACGGUGAGACUCAUAUACAAGCGAUUAUCAAUGCCACCUUUGAAGGGGCAUCGGGCAAUGUACAGUUGGAUCCGGCAACCAAGUCGCGAGAUCCCCUGCGAUUCUCCUAUGCCAUUUUGAACGUCCUGCCCAACCUCAAUGAAACGUCGCAAAUGGUCAAAUUUGACACUCCCGAAGUCAUUGUCUUGACACCCAAUCAAGAACUGACCGACUGGGAUAUGCUUUAUCUGGAUGAAGCGACCAGAUUUGUCUUUCACGAUGGAACUUCCAAUCCGCCUCCUUCCUUACCGCCCAUUACGGUCAAUAAGAAUUACAUUGGUCAACUACGAAUACUGGGAUAUUGCUGCUUUGCACUCAUUGCCGGAUUGAGUAUUGGAUUCACUGUUUGGACCUUUGUCAAUCGAAACGUCAAAGUGGUAAUAGCAUCGCAGCCGUUCUACCUCAUGAUGGUGUCCGUGGGGACAUUGAUUCUGGGAUCCAUCUUGAUUCCUCUCUCCAUGGAUGAUCAGCAUUAUAGUCAACAAGCUACCGACGCGGCGUGCAUGGCGCAACCCUGGUUGGGAUCGAUUGGUUUUGUCACGGCAUUUACGGCUUUGGCCAGCAAAAUGAGACGCAUUGAUCAACUGCUCGUACUGAAAACAAAAGACGUCUUGAUACCCUACAUGGUGAUGAUGGGGUUAAACUUGGUGGUAUUGGUCUGCUGGACAAUCAUGGCGCCGCUCAAGUUUGUCCGUAAAGUCGACGACGGCACCGAUCCAUGGAAUCGAGUCGUAUCUUCGGCGGGCAGUUGCCGCGUCGCGGACGAUAGUAUCGGGGGUGCCAUACCCUACAUCUUGGCACUGGCAGCAAUCAACGUGGCGGCGGUCCUCAACGCCAAUGUCCUGGCAUUCCGAACCAGACACAUGCACACCCAAUACAGUGAAAGUAGAUGGAUUGGCCUCAUCAUGCUGUGCCUGUUGCAAUCAUGGCUCACAGGCAUCCCAAUCAUCGGGCUACUCUACGAGAUUCCUCAAGCACACUACGUUGUCAUCACUCUGAUUGUUACCUUUACGAGCUUGGCGAUACUGUUGCUCAUUUUCGUCCCCAAAAUAUCAUACACGCUCAAGUUUUUGCAGUGGCAAAGAUCUCGUGAAAACGGAAACAACAACAAAGAGAGCAACGAUCCAAGCUCCGUACUGGAUAAGUUUGCAAAUGAACCGGGUGAAGGGCUCGGGGUGUACCGGGGUGCGGAUAGUCGUUCCAUGCGCUUUACCUCGGUUGUUUCCAGGACUUCAAUGCGUUCCAAUCACUGCCUCGGUUCUGUUCACGACAUUAAAGAAUACCUUCGACGGUCGGAACAGCACACUGCGAGCCGAACCAACACAAGCAGCAUUGACUUGAAGACCACAUCUUGCAGUACCAGCUUUCCAGUGCAUGUGGAGAAUGCAACGCACGAUGUAGAGAAGGCAACGCACGAUGUAGAGAAGGCAACGGCGGGAUGA